UCAGUCAAAGGACAUUUAAAUGGCUACACCGUGCAAGAACUGUACAGUCGCUCGCGCUGUCAUGGAAUAAAUAACUUCAUUCUUAUUUCACCCCCGUUAAUUUAAUAGCGGUUUGCUUUUCUUGUAUCGCAAACAAAGAAACAAAUCACUCGUAUAUUUCUACAUCUACGCGCUCACGAAAAGCCCCAAAAAUGAGCGAGGAAGAAGAUACGUUGGUAAAAACUAGACAUGCAUUUGAAGAACUGUGUCGAGCUCUGAAUAUGGAUGAGGAGUCGAGUAACGAGGCAUGGAGGAGUUAUGAAAAUAUCAGCAAAAAUUACACCCUGGAGGGCAGUGAACUGCACUGGUUGGCAUGUGCUCUGUAUGUGGCGUGCCGCUCAUCGGUGCCCACUAUAGGUAAAGGCACAGCCGAGGGCAACUAUGUGUCCCUGACCCGGAUACUGCGCUCUUCACAACAGAGCCUGAUUGAGUUUUUCAGUAAGAUGAAGAAAUGGCAGGACAUGGCCAGCCUGCCCAAGGAGUUCCAGCAGAGCACUGAGAAACUAGAGAGGAACUUCACCGUCACCUCCGUCAUCUUUAAGAAAUACGUACCCUUGUUCAAAGACAUCUUCAAGGCGCCCACAGAUGAAUUACCCAGAACGCACCGAGGCAGGAAACAGAGACGACAUCCCUGCACCGUCACUGAGGUCUUCAACUUCUGCUGGAUCCUGUUCAUACAUGCUAAAGGUAACUUCCCAAUGAUCAGUGAUGAUCUGGUGAACUCUUAUCAUCUGCUCCUGUGUGCUCUGGAUCUGGUUUACUACAACGCUCUCCUUUGCUCUAGUCGUAAAGAUCUGCUCAACCCAUCUUUUAAAGGGCUGCCUGAGGACUUCAACAGUAAAGAUUAUAAGCCCGGCCCGGGUUCAUUAUGUUUCAUAGAGAAGCUGUGUGAGCUUCAUGAUGGGCUGGUGCUGGAGGCCAAAGGAGCAAAGGAGCAUUUCUGGAAACCCUUCAUCAAGAAACUCUUUGAGCGCAAGGUUUUGAAAGGGAAAGAAGACACGCUGACAGGGUUUUUAGAGCCAGUGAAUUUUGGUGACAGUCUUGCUUCUCUGAACCGUGUGUAUGAGGAACACGUGUUAUCGUCUGGUUCUCUGGAUGAGAGGAUAUUUCUGGGAGAAGCGGCCAGAGAAGACAUUGGCACCCCAGGACCUUGUUUGUGUGAAGGGACAGAGAACCAGGAACGACUGACCAACCUCCUCCAGAACUCAAUGACGGCAUCUGCUCUGAAAGUGUCCACUCCUUUGACUGGAAGGAGGUACGUGCCAGAGAGCAGCGUGGGUACCCCCGUUUCCACAGCGAUCCAGAGUGUGGGCCGUUUGCACACUCUGCUGACAGGAUUCAGAUACAGACCCAGCAUGAGACUCAGAGACAUAUUCAGAUCAUGUGUAAGAGACCCCAGCGAGUCCAUAGCAGCCAGACUGAAGGAGAUGUCAGAGAUUUUUCUUAAGAAUUAUGAGGGAACAGGAGAGGAAAACAAGAGUCUGGCAAGAGAUGUUGCAGUGAAGUAUUUUUGCUUGGCUGAAGCACUUUAUUACAAAUCACUGGAAGUGAUCAUCAACCAGGAGAAGAAACGGCUUGGAGACAUGGACCUGUCUGGCAUUCUAGAGCAGGAUUUACUUCACCGAUCACUGAUCGUCUGCUGCCUGGAGAUCGUCAUCUUCUCAUAUCGACCACCGGGAGAGUUUCCCAGAGUCCUGCAAAUCUUUGACCUUCCUGCUUAUCAUUUUUAUAAGGUGAUUGAGUUGUUGGUACGGGCGGAGGAAGGUCUUUUCCGGGAGGUGGUCAAACAUCUGAACCAUGUUGAGGAGCAGGUAUUAGAAUCUUUGGCGUGGAAAGGAAAUUCCCCACUUUGGGAGAGCAUCCGAGAGGCCAAGAACUGCGUUCCUGCCUGCCAGGAGGUAAUGCCUCCUCAACAUCUGGAAAACAGUUCAGGAAACAACACACACACUCCCAGCAAGAGUGGGUUCAGCAGUAAUAUCUCAGCUUUUCUUCCUAUGGGAGUUUCUCCAUCACCUACAUCUCUCCAUGACCGUUACAACUCGACUCCUACUGGUACGGCCUGUCGCCGCCUCUUCGUUGACGGAGAUUCAACCUCUGAGCCUGCUCAACCUGUUAAAGUGGCACAGCCAUCUCUGGUCAGCCCCAUCCCAGCUGGACAGACUGUGGUCACCAUGGCAACAGCAACAGUCACAGCAAACAAUGGCCAGACGGUCACCAUACCGGUCCAAGGGAUAGCAAAUGAAAGCGGUGGGAUCACAUUUAUCCCGGUGCAAGUGAGCGUGACAGGUCAGAGUGGGGGGGCUCUGCCAACCCUCAGUGCCCAGGCUCUGACAGGUACCCUGACUGCCCAGCAGCUGACGGCAACACCCACAGGCACAGUCCAGAACAACCCCAGCCCUGCCAAACCAGACAGGAAGAGUCCUCAGCAGGGAACACCCACCAAACAAGCACAAAAGACUGGCUCCCUCUGCCUUUUCUUCCGCAAGGUAUAUCACCUUGCUAGUGUGCGUCUCAGAGACUUGUGUGCUAAAUUGGACAUUAGCACAGAUUUGCGCAGGAAAAUCUGGACAUGUUUUGAGUAUUCACUAGUGCACUGCACUGACCUCAUGAUGGACCGACAUCUGGACCAGCUCCUCAUGUGUGCCAUCUAUGUCAUGACUAAGGUGACGAAAGAGGACAAGUCCUUUCAGAACAUCAUGAAGUGCUACAGAUCUCAACCUCAGGCCAGCAGCAGUGUAUACAGGAGCGUGCUGAUCUCUGGAAGAAAGAGAUGCCACUCAGGAAACAGUGAAAACACCCACAGACAGUGCUCACCCACAGAGGGAGGACAAGAACAAGGCAGCGGUGAGAGCAGUCCCGUGUCCAUGCGCUCCAGCAGCACUCUGCCCAUUCCCCAGCCCAGCAGCACCCCAUCCACCCCGACCCGGGCCUCUGGGGUCCCCCAAGAGCAGGAGGAGGAGAGGGGAGACCUCAUCUGUUUCUACAACAACGUCUACAUCAAACAGAUCAAACAGUUCGCUCUGCGUUACUCCAGCAACUCGCCGAAAAAUGGGGCUGAAGCUCCGCCCCUCUGUCCGUAUCCGUCUGUCCGCAUCGGCUCUCCACGCCGGGUGCUCCUUUCCAACAAUCACUCCAUCUACAUCUCUCCACACAAGACCGGCAGCCCAAUUACUCCUCGAGACAAGAUCUUCUACUACGUCAGCUCAAGCCCAUCCAAUCGGCUGCGAGAGAUUAACAGCAUGAUCCGAACGGGCGAGACGCCCACCAAGAAGCGAAGUAUCGCCCUGGAGGAAGAGCAGCAGUCUCCCGCCAAAAGGCUCUGCCAGGAGAAUCAGACGGCUCUGCUCAGACGCCUGCAGGAUGUGGCCAACGACCGAAGCUCCUCCCACUGAUGAGUCCACAGCAUCAACACCCGUAAAGAUACAAGUCACCCACAAUACCCACGCUAUGCUCCUAGUGUCGGUGUUGUGGACUGACAACUGUAU